AGAAAUUGUUACAUAAAGAGGAGAACGAUUCAGCCUCUCCCAUUCUCAACAAACAAACAAUACGCCAUCCUCUAUGUUCACUAGGCUACGGCCUUCUCAAUAAGGAACUCCAAACCUCAACUCUUAUUACCCCUAUUGGUCUCCAUAUUGGGUCGGUUAUUACGAUUUAACCAUGGCGACUAAGGCUGUAACAACAGCCUUCCUCCUCCUAGGUGCCAUCCAAGAUGUGGCGGCCUUCUGGCGUAUGGAGUGUCGCGGCCGUACAGGUCUAGCCAGAAUGGACCCGAUUAUGGAUCCGGGCGUGGUCUCUCCUCACAUCCAUGCCGUCCACGGUUCUUCAGGAUUCGCCCUUGAUGCCACUUAUAACGACCUUGUUGCUGGUAGCUGCACCUCAUGCGCUGUCAAGCAGGACAAGUCGGCAUAUUGGACUCCAGCCCUCUACUUCCAAGAUGCCGAAACGCAAGAAUUCGAAGUCGUGCCACAGGUUGGAGGCAUGCUCGCAUACUAUUUGCUGCGUGGUCCCAAUGUCACUGCGUUUCCUCCCAACUUCCACAUGGUAGCUGGAAGCAAUUAUCGCCGAGAUUACACCGUCGGAGAUCCCAAGGCUCCUGAUCCCCCUCAGUCCAGCUGGGUCGCUCUCAAGCAGACUAGCCAGGAAGAUCUUGAACAGCGUGCGCUCGGAUUUAACUGCAUGAACUAUCAGAAGACUCCGGAGGGCUCCCUUGACCGCCAUUAUUUGCCGGACAAAGACUUCCUCGACGCCAACUGUAUCGAUGGCCUUCGCCUCGAAGUCAUGUUCCCUUCGUGCUGGAACGGCGAAGUCGCUGCGCAGGACCACAAGAGCCAUGUGGCCUAUCCCGAUCUAGUUGGAAAUGGCGUCUGUCCCGACACCCAUACCUCCCGGUUGCCAACUCUUUUCUACGAGAUCAUCUGGGAUACGCAUGCGAACCAAUUCCAAGGCCGCAAGGGGCAGUUUGUUAUUUCAAACGGAGACCCAACUGGAUUUGGGUAUCACGGCGAUUUCAUGAAUGGUUGGGAUCCCGCGUUUUUGCAAAAGGCCAUCGAUGUCUGCACCAAUGACUCGGGGGAUAUCCGGGACUGCCCAGUGUUUGUGGAAAACGGCCCUCUCCAGACCGACGAGGAGCAACAUGCUUGCGAGUUUGCCCUUCCCGAGGCGUUGGCUGGCGAGGACGGUGCCGUGCCGAAUCUGAAGAGCCUACCCGGUAACCUCGCGAUCCAGUCUGGCCCGCAGUCGGCUACUCGUGGUUCCGCUGAUGCCACUCCCAUCGCCUCAGUUGUCAACAGUGUCAUAAGCGAUGUUCUCGGAGCCGGUGGCACAACGACAACGGCGCUCUCUACUACUUCGUCGUCGCUUGUCACUUCUUCUAGCGCGAUUGCGACUAGUUCGGCGCCAGGCGGAGCCUUCAUCGAGUCUUCGCCAACCCCGGCGGUGUCUUCUCAAGAUUUUAACGCUCUCACCUCACCGCUCCAGCCGACACCACCCGAACCGACACCAUCGAGCGAAUCCUCGAGCUCGGAACCCGCACCACCUACCACCACCUCGGCCCCAGUAUUCACGUCCGAGCCUGGUGUGGAGUACCGUGUUGUUAGCACCCAGACUAUUACGCACGGUCCCCUGAUCGAGGAGAUAGUUUGGAUGGAGCCUGUCGUUUAUGUGACUGAAGACUCUGUCACCACAGUCACUGUCAAUCCUCCUGCGGUGAGGUCUGCUAGGAAGAUUCAAGGAAGACACGCUUUGCAGCAUCGACACCACGGCCAUCACUGACGUCAAGGUCGAUGACCGGUCGUCUUCAUGUUCUCUUCGAUGGAGAUAUUCUCCCGUCAGUAGUGAGGGACGAUAUGUUUUGCGUCAUUUUCCAGGGUGCUGCCUGAGUUCCUACACCGUCCGAGUGCUAUUUCACUGCAUUCCGGGAAACUAAGCAGUGCCUGUGAUGAAUUAGAAGGAGUUUAAGCAGGCAGAAAAAAAAAACAAGCUGUGAGCAGGCCCCGUGAUGCUAUUUUCAGAGUCGGCGUUGGCCGGAGGUGACACUGCGUGAGGCAUAGUCUUUAAGGCGUUAAAUCGAGGGAGGUUUAUUACGGGCAUAUACCAGUACGCGGCGUAGUCGUCGGCAUUGCAUAACGGGUAUAUCUCUUCGGGCAGAAGAGACCC